GUCGAUCGCUGCCCUCACCGUCGGUCGAGAUAGUACCGUUCAGUUCGUCUGCGCCUCGUCGUUCUGACGAACGGCCAAAACAUGACACUACCUAUCCGGAUCGCUCUAUUGUUAUGUGAUACGCCAAUCCCUGCAGUGCAAUCCACAGACGGAGACUAUACGGCGAUCUUCAACACGCUCUUGCGGAACUCUCUUCCACUAGGUUCCGGUACAGACUACAUCCUAGAUUCUUACGAUGUUCGCAACAAACAGGAAUAUCCACGGAACGUCGACGAUUACCAGGCAAUUAUUCUGACUGGAUCUGCCGCUUCGGCGUACGAGAAUGUGGAUUGGAUCAACCGCUUGAUAGAUUAUGUACACGAUAUUGCUCUGAACAAGCCUUAUAUCAAACUGAUUGGAAUUUGCUUUGGCCACCAGAUCAUCGCUCGAGCGAUGGGAGGCGAAUGCGUACCGAACGGGGGCAAAUGGGAAGUCGGCGUAACGGAAAUUGCGCUCACCGACAUCGGCAAGACUCUUCUCGGUGUACCCACGCUCAACAUCCAGCAGAUGCACCGCGACCAUGUCCCCGCCGUCCCGCCCUCGUUCCACCUCCUCGGCUCGACGCCCGUGUCGCCCAACCAGGGCAUGGUCCGUUUCGCCAGCGGCACCAGUGUAGACCAUCCCAUGCCACAGGACGUGCAGAUCUUCACAGUGCAGGGACACCCAGAAUUCACACAGCGCAUAUCGGAGAAGAUCGUCGAGGCGCGCGAGCGGAAGGGCGUGAUGGGCAAGGAUAUCGCGGAGGACGCACGGAAGCGGGCGGAGUGGCGGAACGACGGCGUGGGCGUAAUAGGGAAGGUCAUGUGGGAGAUUAUGGGUGUUGGUGCGGGACAGGCGGGUGCUUCGACCUGA